GUAAUGGGCCCCAUCAUGAUCGAGGUUAUGUUUACAACCAGAGCAACGUAGUAGAUGGAGUGUACUGUCUCCCAAUAGCACACUGGAUUGAAGUCUCUGGACAUACUGAUGAGAUGAAACAUACAACUGACUUCUAUUUUAAUAUUGCAGGACAUCAAGCUAUCCAUUACUCCAGAAUUCUGCCAAACAUCUGGCUGGGAAGUUGCCCUCGGCAGCUGGAGCACGUGACCAUCAAGCUGAAGCACGAGCUGGGUAUCACGGCUGUCAUGAACUUCCAGACCGAGUGGGACAUUGUUCAGAAUUCCUGGGGCUGCAACCGCUACCCAGAACCUAUGAGCCCUGAAACCCUCAUGAAACUGUAUAAAGAGGAAGGUCUUGCCUAUGUCUGGAUGCCAACCCCAGACAUGAGCACUGAAGGAAGAAUACAGAUGUUGCCACAGGCUGUCUGCCUCUUGCACGGGCUGCUGGAGAACGGACACACUGUCUACGUUCAUUGCAACGCUGGUGUUGGCAGGUCUACGGCUGCUGUCAGUGGGUGGCUGAAGUACGUGAUGGGAUGGAGCCUGCGGAAAGUGCAGUACUUUUUGGUUUCCCGGAGACCAGCUGUCUACAUAGAUGAGGAAGCUCUGAAUCGGGCUGAAGAUGAUUUCUACCAGAAAUUUGGGCAUCUUCGUCCCUCAUGCAAAAUCGAAGAGUAG